AUGGCGAUGCGACGAGCCACCGGAGCAAUGAUCAGAGCCUGUGCUGCUUCCUCUUCUUCUUCUGCGGGUUACUUCGCUCGUCACUUUCAUGCAUCUUCUGGUGAUACCAAAAAGAUUGUUGGGGUUUUCUACAAAGCCAACGAAUACGCUUCCAAGAAUCCUAACUUCCUUGGCUGUGUCGAGAAUGCGUUAGGAAUCCGCGACUGGUUAGAAUCACAAGGACAUCAGUACAUUGUUACCGACGACAAAGAAGGCCCGGACUGCGAACUUGAGAAACAUAUCCCGGAUCUUCACGUCUUAAUAUCGACCCCGUUCCACCCGGCUUAUGUGACUGCUGAAAGAAUCAAGAAAGCCAAGAACCUGCAGCUUCUCCUCACGGCUGGUAUUGGCUCGGAUCACAUCGACCUGCAGGCUGCUGCAGCUGCUGGCCUGACGGUAGCUGAAGUCACUGGAAGCAACGUGGUCUCUGUAGCGGAAGAUGAGCUCAUGAGAAUCCUGAUCCUCAUGCGCAACUUCGUACCAGGGUACAACCAAGUCGUCAAUGGCGAGUGGAACGUGGCAGGCAUUGCGUAUAGAGCUUAUGAUCUGGAAGGGAAGACGAUUGGAACUGUAGGAGCUGGAAGAAUCGGGAAGCUUUUGCUACAGAGGUUGAAACCGUUCGGGUGCAACCUGUUGUACCAUGACAGGCUUCAGAUGGAACCGGGGCUGGAGAAAGAGAUAGGAGCUAAGUACGUUGAGAAUCUGAAUGAAAUGCUGCCUAAAUGCGAUGUUGUAGUCGUCAACACUCCUCUCACGGAGAAAACAAGAGGAAUGUUCAACAAAGAGCUGAUAGGAAAAAUGAAGAAAGGCGUUUUAAUAGUGAACAACGCGAGAGGAGCCAUCAUGGAGAGGCAAGCCGUGGUGGAGGCGGUGGAGAGUGGACACAUUGGAGGGUACAGCGGAGACGUAUGGGACCCACAGCCGGCUCCUAAGGACCAUCCAUGGCGUUACAUGCCUAACCAAGCCAUGACCCCUCACAUCUCCGGCACCACCAUCGAUGCUCAGCUACGAUAUGCGGCGGGGACGAAAGACAUGUUGGAGAGGUACUUUAAGGGAGAAGACUUCCCUGCUCAGAAUUACAUCGUUAAGGACGGUGAACUUGCUCCUCAGUACAGGUAA